AUGCCCUUCCACGAGAGCGCCCAAGGCAUCACGGUCGAAGACGGCCACAUGCUCAAGGCCGAGCUCGCCAACGUCGAGGGCGAGUUCGUCGAAGCCGAGUUUGAUCUCAACGAUUGCAUCGGCAACAACAAUGGUGCUUUCGAGUGGGGUGGCGGCGGCUUCGCGAACUCGGCCGAGGACAUCUCGUUUGAGCUCGAAGGCGACGACGGCGUGCCGAUCCUGCGCGCGAAGCUGUACAAUGUCGAGGGCGAGACGAUUGAUGCGGAUAUCAACCUUGCUGAGAGGCUGCAGAACAACGACGGUGCUUUUUCAUUCGAUGGCCACCAUGAGGAAGAGCAGCAGGAAGAGGAGGCGGAGCCUGAGGAGGAAGAAUAG